AGUUUCGUUGCAACAAACACUGUGGUUCAUACUACAGACAGACAGUCUGUAGCAACAGCGGGGCAAAUCACAUAGCAGCCCACCACACAGGAAGGAGUGCAGCUGCCAGCACAGUCUAAAAUCCUGUUGAUUUAUUUAUUUUAUUUUUUUUUUUACCGAUGUGAGCACAGGAGAGUGAAAAGCUGCUGUGAAGAGCUGAACUGCAGGCGCAGUUGGUGUUCAUCUGGAACAUAUACAGCUGGACAUGGAUUAUUGGUGCCCGUCUUCACCGCUUUGGAUUUAGUUAAGACACAGCACAGCCCUGCGCCUCCUUCCGUGAGAACCAAGCCAAGAGCAGGUGGAUCCUGUUUCUGUGUUCAGCUUUAUCCCCCUUUAUCCACCUGUCACCUUUAUGGGGAACCAGGUGGAGAAACUUACGCAUUUGAAUUACGCAGAAGUGCCAACGUCGGACCCAAAUGGGUUCGACCCGGACGACGACGGACCGCGGAUCGGGGUCUCUUACAUUUUCUCUAACGACGACGACGACGACGACCAGGACGAUAAUUUGGACCACUUUUCACCUGGCAGCCGCACUGUAAACCAUGAAAAGCCAUUCGACCCGCAGGACGAGCUGGAGUGCGCGAUUUACUACCGAGAGGAGUGUGUGUAUGAGAGAGACACCAGAGCCGAGACACACUCUGCGGAAAGUCUCCUGAACAAGUGCAGACCGGGAGACCUGCUGGAGUUUGUAGCCACUGGACAGUAUCCACACUGGGCUGUGUAUGUCGGCGACUUCCAGGUGGUUCAUUUACACCGGGCUGAGAUAAAGAACAGCUUUCUCACCGAUGUGAGCCAGGGCAAAAAAGGAAGGAUAGUGAACGGCCUCUACAGGUACCGUGCACUGCCGCCGGAGGUGAUUGUGCGCAACGCUCUGGACCGUGUGGGGUCGAGAGACCAAGAGCUGCACUGGAGAAACUCGGAGUGUUUUGCCGCCUGGUGCCGCUUUGGCAAAAGAGAGUUCAAAAUCGGAGGGGAGAUAAGGAUUGGAAAGCAGCCAUACAGGUUAAAAUUACUCUUUUCAGAGAAGAAGAAUCACGUCCUGGAGUUUCAGAGUCUGGAGGACGUGAUCAUGGAAAAGAGAAGGAACGAUCAGAUAGGCAAGGAUGCUGUGAUGCAAGAGCUGGCCAACCACCUGAACGCAACACAUGAAAUCAAAGAGGAGCAUUUUGUCAACUGAUACUGGAAUUUUAGUUUCACUCGAAAAUCCACAGCUUCGUGCUCACAAACAGGGCAUGUAUGUUGGUGACGGAACACUCAUGCCUCCGAUUAGCCAACUAAGAGCUUUGCCCAUGAGCCUGUGUGCCAUUGUGCAAACAAGUGCCCAUCUUCAGAGGGAUUUAAACUUCAUCGUAAAUAUCACAUUUUUCUCCAAAUGGGGAGGCUAAGUUCUGGGAUGACACUUGAUCCAUUCUCAAGUGCAUUAGCGAAGCAUAUCACAAGGGCCAAAACAAAUUUUCCACAAGUCGAUUUGCAUUGAAAACAAGUGAAAAUAAACUUGCCCCUUUAGCAGAUUUCUCUUCUCUUUCUGAGAAAAAAUGAAAUUUUUACACACUCAAUCCAAGAUUAAGUGACUUGUAAGGAUGGAUACAUUUGCAUCAGAGCUGCACCUGCAGUCUAAUCAUUUGGGGGAUGAAGUCGGAAUUAAAUUGCCCAUAAUUAUCUUUCUAAUCCAAUGAGUCUUUGCACAGAGGAGCAAAAUCUCUCCAAUGUACUUCUACCUGAUGAGAGUGCUGAAAGCGCUCGCUCCUGUACAACUCAGGUGUUGGAGACCAAUACAGAGUGGAAGAGACACAACUACAGCUUUUGUUAUUGUGUGUUAAGCUUGAAGGUUUCCGUCUUUGCUUUAUAUCUGAUCAUGACACAGCUUUACCCACUCUUUCACUCUUUUGUGGAACACGGUUCAUAGCUAUUACUGUGCACUUUUAUUGAUUCAUUCCUUUCAACAGUUUAUUUUUUGGAAAAAAGAUGUUUGUAUGAAAGAAUAUGGUAAUAAAUCUAUAUUUGAAGAGUAAA